AUGAAAAGAUAUCAUGGACGACAUCGUUUCGUAAUUCAAGCUAUGGAAGCAAAAGAAAAUGAUAAAGAUCGUCGAAAGAUAUGGAAUGAUUCAAGAGCUGAAAAUAUGGAUUUAGUUCAAUGUAUACGAAUUAAUACAUUGAAAGUAAAUGGACAACAAUUUGAUAAAUCACAAAGUGAGGAAGAAACCAAUGAAUUAACAAUUUCUUCUAAAUCAUCUGAGACGGGUGAACCUGAAACGACAUCAUUUCAACUGCAAUUAAUGAAUGAUGAGGAAAAAUCUAAUAAAAUUAACGAAUUAAAUAAACAAAUUGAUGAUAAAUUAG